AUGGCAGCUCGCGAAAGAUGCGCCGCAGCUUGGCCGAUUGCGACCAUUGGCCUCGCCAUGGCGUACUUUCAAUUCCCGAUCACCUUCAGUGCGGUUGGACCGCGACAGCGCCUUGAGAGGACAGAAGAUUGCAUCAAAGCUUUGGCUUCGAAUCCCAAGGUGAGACGUGUUUGUGUGAUCUUCCGACAUGGUGAGAAGGAGGUCUCCGAUGAAGACAUGCAGAAAGAUGACCAACCCGAUGAGGGUUUCUGGAAGCGGCAGCAUGACGCUGCAUUGACUCAAAGAGGACUUCAAGAAGCCGAAGCCUUCGGGGCAAAGCUGUCUGAUAUCUUGGUUUCUGAAGGUCAAAUGCAAUGCGUUGGGCUUUUAACGAGUCCAGUUCCCCGAUGCCAUGCGACUAUGGCUGCCGUCCACACUGCAUUGAAGGGCCAAAACUGCCUCGAGGUUGAAAGCUCUUCUGCCUGGAUGAAUGGAACUCACAUGCCCGGCCAAGAAGAGGAAGCUGCCGAGGCUUUUUGGGCAAGGGGAUGGCGACCCGUCGUCGAUGAUCUCGCAGCUGGCAAGCAGAUCUUGGGCUUUCGACCCUUGGAGGAAUGUGUCCAGACACUUCGUGACACGUGUGAUCUUUCAGGAAGGACAAGACGGAGCAGAAGUGAAGAGACGGAGUUGUUCUUGGUUUGUACCCAUGAUGUCUAUCUCUAUGCUUUGGCAGCUUGGUUUUCAAAAGGUCGGAGGAAGAUGCCCGACUUUCUGGAACAGGCUGUUUGGUGGGUUGAGGGCGACACUGAACAUUUCUAUUAUGAUGGUGAAGAAUUCUCCAGUGAGUUCUAG